AACGAGGAACAGGAUUCAUUAAUUACAAGCUCAGUGUCUUGGCCACAGUCAGAGUCAAUUAUCAAGCUGGUUUGGCAACCUAAAAGCUGUAAACCCAUUUGCAAUUUGGAUGUAAAUUGCGCCCAUCGGCAAGAGCUAAGCUGAUUGCGCUUAUCAGCCUCUUAUGCACACCCGUUUAGAAGUUAUGGCAGUUUUCCCCCAGUUUCGCUGGUAUAAAUGGUCCUGAUCGCAGCUGAGAAGCUCUCAGUCUGGCUGUAAUCUCCAACGGGAACGGAUCUGAAGGUAGUUGUAAAGAAAGUUCUGCACUGGCAAUGUUCUUCUUCAGUUGUUUGUUGCUCCUGGCCAUUUCUGGGUGCACUUUUGCCUACAUAGAUAUACCGGAGGCCUAUCUAGCUGCCAUAAGGCAGGAUCGGGCAGAUGACCAGGCGGCGGGGGAGUACAACUACGAUGAGCAGGGGGACGACUGGACGGGAACCUGCCAAACUGGGGAGAAGCAGUCGCCCAUAGAUUUGAUUUUUCAAGAUUCUAAAAUCACCUCCAUUCCUCGGCUGCGCUUCUACAACUAUGAUCAGGCCUUGCAAACGCCCCUUGUAAUUGUGAAUAACGGACACACAGCAAACAUGGUUAUACCCCCCACCCGAGCUGGGCAGCGGGCCUCCAUAAACGGCAGUCUCUUGCCCGGGAACUUCGAGGUGCAGAGCGUGCACUUCCAUUGGGGAUCGCGGAACACCAACGGAUCGGAGCACGCCAUCAACUUUGAGCGCUACGAUGUGGAGAUGCACAUUGUUCACAAGAACACCAUAUACGACACGAUGGCCGAGGCAACGCAGCACUCCGAUGGUCUGGCCGUUUUGGGGGUGAUGUUCAGGGCCACUGCCAAUCCUACACAGAUCUCCCGGCUCUACGGACUGAACAAGGUCUUCAACCGGCUGCCGAGAAUCGUGCAAUACAACUCGAAUGCCACGAUUACUGGACGCAUGACAGUUGGCCUGUUGCUGGGGAGCAUUGUGACAGGGGAGUUUUUCACCUAUAAUGGAUCUCUGACCACUCCAGACUGUGCCGAAUCCGUAACGUGGACCGUCUUCCCCGACGUUAUUUACUAUCCGCGACGUCAGAUCGAAAAACUCUGGAACCUCAAGGACUCCCGGAAUAAACCCUUGAUCGACAACUAUCGCAACAUCCAAGACACCAAUGACAGGGACGUCUAUUACAGAACCUUUUAACAAUAAAAUACAAGUAUUUCUAAUCAGUUUACAAUUUGA